UCACGGUGGUCUUACGGCAUUCUGAGAGAGCAUUAUCCAAGAGUGAAUAAACUUCCAAGUUGUGCAAAUCGUCGUGAGAGUUAUCCUGCAUUAUUAACGCGACGGGGACAAUGUUUCACCGAGGACUAAUAGCCACUACGCUUGGUGUACGCCUUGGCUGCUCCCAUGUCUCAAGGAGGGCUUUGGCACUGACAACAACUAGUGCGAAAUCAGAUAUGAAGGAAUUCCUGGAAGUGGUUUCUAAAGCCAAGCACAUAGCGGUCAUCACCGGGGCAGGUGUGAGUGCAGAGAGUGGAGUGCCUACGUUCAAGGGAGAUGGUGGACAAUGGAAGACUUGGCAGUAUCAGGACAUCGCCACUCCGGAGGCCUUCUCCCGCAACCCCUCCCGCGUCUGGGAGUUCUACCACCACAGGAGGCACCUGGUGCUGACCCAGAAGCCCAACGCGGCCCACCUGGCCCUGGCCGAGUGCGAGAAGCGGAUGAGGAAGCAGGGUCGCUCCAUGGUCAUCAUCACCCAGAACAUCGAUGACCUUCACCGCCAGGCCGGCUCCAAACACGUCCUCAACAUCCACGGCAGCGUGAUGGAGACCCGCUGUGUGAGCUGUGGAGACAUUGCUGUGAACCAUCAACACCCUGUAUGUGCUUCCCUGGAGGGCACAGGUUCCCCUGACCCUGAGAUUCCUGAGGCCCAGAUACCUGUGGACCAACUGCCCAGGUAGCUUCCCUUUUCUAUUGUUUUUUAAUAUUCUCUAUUUAUUUCAUGCAAUCGCUAUUACUGGAGUUCCUUUUCCGAACGCGGAUCUAUCAUCAACGUAAUGCUUGGGAAUGGGAUACAACUGCGGCCAGAUGAUUCCCUUUCACAGACGUUGGUUCCCAAUGAAUAGGGGUUCGGCAAACAUAAACCUGUUUAAACCUGCGUGGUUAGAUUGUCUAUAGAGACAAAGAGGUGCUGAGAGGAAUCCAGCCGUAGGCGUCUCUGUGGUUC